AUGGCACCACAAUCCUUGAAAGAACUUGCUGCUGAUUUCACCAAACUCGACCACUUUGAUGGAACAUCAUUCAAGAGAUGGCAGAAGAAAAUGCAUUUCCUUCUUGCUGGAAUUAGAGUGGCUUACGUGCUAACAACUCCGAAGCCUGUAGCACGUGAGAAUGAGACGAUUGUUGAGACUCGGGCAAUCGUGAAGUGGGAGCAAGAUGACUAUAUUUGCAAAGGCCACAUCUGCAACACUAUGGUGGAUUCUCUAUUCGACAUCUACCAAAGCAAGUUGACUGCCAAAGACGUCUGGGAUGCACUCGAGGCUAAGUAUCUUUUGGAAGAUGCUACAAGUAAGAAGUUUUUGGCUUCUAAAUUCAUGAAUUAUAGAAUGAUAGAUGAUAGGCCUAUUGUUGAACAAUUUAAUGAGAUUCUGCAUAUUUUGAGUCAAUUUAGUCAGCAUAACAUGAAGAUGGAUGAGGAAAUUGCUGUCUCAUCCAUCAUUGACAAACUUCCUUCUUCCUGGAAAGAUCAAAAGAAAUUUUGA